UUUUUUUUUUUGGGGGGGUGGGGGUUGUGAAAAGUAUUAUUUAAUUCACACCAAAUACAUAAAACUAGUUAAAAUAUAGGUAUAAUUUUCCCAAUUGCACUUCAAUAUAAUUUGGUCAAUAAAGGCCCAGGAUAAGGUUGUUGUGGGACAAAGGCAAGAGACAGGCUUAUCCGUGUCAGUUGGUUCCUAGUUACUGUUUAACCUAACACCCAGGCUGUCUGGCACAGUUACAAUCUUGAGUUUCACUGGAAAUGAAAACAUGAAUAUCGAAGAGCAGUGUCUAGAUUUGUGCAAUGUCAAGACCAAAAACAAUGUGGACGAUGAUCACAACACUACCAACAACACAGAAGGGGUCACCCCCCGGAUCUCUGAACUGAUGACGGACAGUAACACGGAAAAACAAAACAUUGUUCCCACAGAGGCCUCCGAAACGUACCUUAUGCCUCAGCUCACUGACAACCUUCAAGCGGUUGAGGAGGACAACCACCAGGCACAGGACACACUGGAAAUUGAUGAGGUCAAUGGAAAUAGAAAGAGCACGGAUCAAGACACCCCUGCGGUAGUGAAUCCCACUGACUUGAUCUUUUCUAAUGAUGAGCAGCACAAGGGUGAUAUUGGGGUGGAGAAAAUGAAGGAAGAUAAGGACGCUGACCCCGCUAUGUUUGUUGUGGAGGAAGAGGAUGAUGGUGGGGACAUGGACAUAGGUGUGGAUCUGAGUCUCGAUGAGAGUGGUGUGUUGGAGGCGGAAUCGACAAAUGAUGCAGCAUUCGUGGACAAUACUUUAGACUCGGAGACCACGUCUCAGGAUGUCCCAACUGGCAGCACGGGAGAUAACCCGUCGGCUGCCACCCAGACCAGCAGCACAGAAGCCUCGGCCACGGACCAAGCUGGACUGUACCCUUCUGUGGAGGAGGGGGAUGAUCAACACAAACCAAGUGGCAAACGGGUGACGUUUCCCUCAGAUGAGGAUAUUAUCUCUGGAGCAGUGGAGCCCAAGGAUCCCUGGAGACAUGCUCAGAAUGUGACGGUGGAGGAGAUCCUCUCUUCCUACAAACAAGCCUGUCAGAAACUCAACUGUAAACCCAUACCCAAAGUGCUCAGACAGAUACAGGAACUGAAAGACCUGACUCAGCGAAAUGAAUGCUUAGAUCUGAAAGGUGAGAAGCUUGACUACAAAGCAUGUGAGUCUCUGGAAGAGAUUUUGAAGAGGGUCCAGUUUAAAGUGAUAGACCUGGAGCAAACCAACCUGGAUGAAGAUGGUGCAUCAGCUCUGUUUGACAUGAUCGAGUACUAUGAGUCGGCCACACAUCUCAACAUCUCCUUCAACAAGCACAUUGGCACACGAGGAUGGCAAGCCGCAGCUCACAUGAUGAGAAAGACGAGCUCUCUGCAGUAUCUCGAUGCACGUAACACUCCUCUGCUGGACCACUCGGCUCCCUUUGUAGCACGAGCACUCAGGAUCAGUGGCAGCCUGGCAGUCCUCCACCUAGAGAACGCUGGUCUGACUGGCAGACCGCUCAUGUUACUGGCUACAGCUCUGAAGAUGAAUAUGAACCUGCGGGAAUUGUACCUGGCAGACAACAAGCUCAAUGGCCUGCAGGACUCAGCCCAAAUUGGCAACUUGCUUAAGUUCAACUACAACAUUCAGAUCCUGGACCUGCGCAACAACCACAUCCUAGACUCUGGUCUGGCGUACGUGUGCGAAGGACUAAAAGAGCAGAGGAAAGGCCUCGUCACUUUGGUGCUAUGGAACAACCAGCUCACACACAAUGGCAUGGGCUACCUCGCUGCUGCACUGCCAUGCACCCAGAGUCUGGAGACUCUUAAUCUCGGCCAUAACUCUGUGGGUAAUGAAGGGGUCCAUAAGCUGAAGGACGGACUGAUUGGCAACCGCUCUGUGCUCAGACUGGGCCUCGCUUCCACCAAACUGUCCUGCGAAGGAGCUGUGGCUGUGGCUGAAUUCAUUGCCGAGAGCCCCAGACUGCUGCGUCUAGACCUUCGAGAGAAUGAGAUCAAAACAGGUGGACUGAUGGCCCUGUCACUCGCCUUAAAAGUCAACACCUCUCUGCUGCGUCUCGACCUUGACCGGGAGCCCAAAAAAGAAACUGUGAAGAGCUUCAUUGAGACCCAGCGCGACCUGCUGGCUGAGAUCCAGAAUGGCUGCAAGCGGAACUUCAUCCUGGCUAAAGAAAAGGAGGAAACAGAGCAGAAGACGAGGCAGUCGGCCUCCAUGGCUGAAAUAGCCACAGAGGAUGGGACCAGAGAAGAAGAGGAAGAAGAACCAUUAAAAGAGGAGAGAGGGGACAAAGAGAGUACAGCGGGAGAAGAAAAGGGUGAAACAACAGGGAAUGAAGGACAGUCUAGCAGCCAGGCAGGAGAUGGCACUCAGACGAGCAUUCCUCAAAUGAUCCUGGAGUCGGACUCAGACACUGAAGAUGAGGAUGAGGAGUUGGUAACAAAGUCAUCUUCCUCGUCAAACUCCUCCUCUCGGUUAAACCAGACUAAUCCUCAAACCCAUACAGCGGUUGCACAGCCCCUUCUCAGUGCCUCAAGUGCGUCCUCACCUCCGUCUGCCUCACCUGCUGGCGGGCCAAGUGUCAUAUCCGGCAUCACCGUCACAGAAUCAACAGUUCCUCCAGGCACCCCUCCAUCUCCUGGUCGCUGUAUAUCUGUCUCUAGUCCAGGGAGGGGUCACAAGAUCUUCAUGGUAACUCGGGUGGAGAGCCCCCCUGAGCAGCAGCAGAAGCAGCAGCAGCAGCAGCAGCAGAAGCAGCAGCAGCAGAAGCAGAAGCAGAAGCAGCAGCAGCAGCAGCAGAAGCAGCUACAAAUCCAGACGGGUGUACCUGCAGCUCCCAGCCAUGGUAAAGAGGCCGCAAAGAAGCCUGUAGACGAGAACACACCCCCGACACAGCAGACGCAGACACCGCCCUCAUCUCAAACAGAAUCACAAACACAACCGACACAAGACGACGUGAAGGAGAGCUCACCUGCUCCGUCAACAGACUGUAAACUCACAGAGCAGAAUCCUUUAGCACACUUAGAGUCUGCAUUAAAUACGACACCAGAGCCACAGUCUACAAGUCAACCCACAGAGGAUGUGACCGCUAGCACUUUAGACCCAGAAGUGACGGAUACAAGUCAACAAGCACCAGCCCUGCCUUCAGAUUCCUCGUCAGUGCAGGCUGCAGCAUUUCAGCUCACUGAGGAGGUAGUACAGAGCAUUAAAAGCCCCCAAAUUGAGCACACUUGUGUAGAAGAAAAGAAUGAAGGCGAGGAGGAGGAGGAAGGUGACGUAGAAGAUGAGAGGCAGGUGUGCACAGAAGGCGCUAAUAAACUGUUAGGUGAACUGAGUCAAACCCAGACUUGUAUCCCCGCGGUACAAAUGCAGCAGCAGCCGUUACCAUCUGCCCCUGAAAACCUGCAGGAUAAGCUAGCAUCUGAAUCAGAGGAGAUUCAGUCGCUGAACCAAACAGAGGAGGAAGAAGAGGAAACACUUCUACAGGAAGAGCAGGAAGCACCAGCCGACGUGUCGGAAAAUGAAAAACACAGUUUAACAGAGAAAGAGGACAGCCAGCUAACCCAAGAGGAACCAUGUCCAAAGCAGCAAACAGAGGCAGAUGAGCAGGCAGUAGAGCCUGUUCUCUCUGUCCAGACUGAUAAACAGGAGCCAUCUGUCACUCAAGGUGGUGCUCGGGAGAUAAAUCCUCGAGCAGAGGAAGCCUCAAAGAGUCCAGAACCUGCCACAACAGAGUCUGAUUCCCCGGUCAAAGACGAGGAUUCACCCGAUGAGAGCUCUGCAGACGAGGACGAGUGUUUUGCCGAGGCUCCGGAGGAGGAGAUUGUUGGUUCAGCUCUACCCAACGGCCUGAAGCCUGAGUUCUCCCUCCAUCUUCUCGAUGCGGAAAGCCCCAAGCCAGGCAGCUGUGUGAUGGAGCACGUGAGUGUCAGCUGUGGACAAGACCUGGAGGAGCUGCUGCUAGAAGCCAGUUUGGAGACGGGGAGAGAUGCACCAUGAGGAUGUGAGGGACAGUGAGGACAAGAGAAAACAGCACUCACUUUGUCUGGCUCUACUACGUGACUGGUUGCCCUACAAUGUUUUUGUUUCUUUGACAUUAUCACCAACACAACUUUUCCUUAAAGGACAGAAGACCUGGUGUGACAGUUGAAGCUCCCUGAAAAUAUAAGCAAAUUAUGGAAAGACAAUAGGACCAAAUCAACUCCUGGAGCGCUGCUGUGACAAAUAAGGAACCCUCUACAUCCACAAUACACUAACCACUGAAAAACAAGUACAUAUGCACAUUAUAAGGAAGGGGGGGGGAGAGAGAAAUAAAUAAAAUCACCAUGUUAUCACUACAUUUGUUUAAUCUGCAAUCUUUACACACGAGCAUCCUGCUGCAAGUGAGAAAGAAGAGAGCCUGGGGAUAAAACACUAACCAAAGACAGAACACAGACAUUUCCCUCUUGAUGCUCUCUUGUGUAGGUUUCCACUGUAGUUGGGGUAAAUAUCUAGCAAUUUAAGUUUAUUUUUCUUUUUUUCUUCAUAAGAUACAUACACAAAGACAUAACGGUGAUAAUAAGCAAAAGCGGGUUGAUGACAGUCUCAAGACAAAAUAACGGUGACGGACCCUGCUGAGCGGACCUGCUGGCUUUAAACACUAGUUCUGGAGGUGGAAGUGGGUCACUGUCAAAUGCUUUUAUAUCUGAGGAAGCUGAAGAUGUUAACGUGUCUGUUUAAAUGUCAAUGGUUUAUGUCUGUGUCCCAACUCCCGACCAAUUUUCCCUUUCGGGGAAAAAAAAAAAAAAAAAAAAAAAAGAAGCUCUUAAGGGACCUCUGCCAAAGUGACCUCCCUCUUUGUCCGUUUUCUCCUCCUCUGCUCACUUUGGCCCCUCAGGAAUCAGCGUCCCCCUCCGGUCGGUCUCCUCAGAUCUGAUGAUGAGGAGGAGCUGUAACUGUCUCUCCUUUUGCCUUUCAAACGCUUUUUAGAAAGUGACAGUCAGUACUUCUGCUCUGAACUUCUGAGAAUGUCGGAAAGCAAGAUGUCUGCUUUUGGUUGAGUUAUUUACAUCUUUUUAGUCCUUGAUUCUCUUCAACUUUCAGACACUGUUAUUGCUUUGUUCGACCAUCAUUGUUGUGUUAAACUCUUUCAAGAAAAGCAGCUCGGUCUCUGUUGUCAUCUCUCCUCUCCCUCUUCCUGUCUUCCACUGGUAGUUUGUGCCAUCACCGCUCAAACCCAUCAUUCAUGUUGCCUUCAAAACUCACCACUUCAGAUUUGGUCCUUUCUUUGUUUGGGCUGCUUUGAGAAAUUAGUUAUUUUCUAUUUAUUUUAUAGCUUUAUAAGCCUUUGCUGGUCCAUUUUCCCAUUUUUCUUCUUCAUCCUCAUUUUAUCUUUUCUUUUCCAUUUUGGGGGUUUCGUUUAAAGAUUAACCCCAUUUUGAUGUAUAUUUGACAUUCAAACUAGAGCAAAUAUUUUGUUUUGUUUUUUGGUGCGAGGAGGGCAGAGUAAUCUGUGUUGGAAGGAAAGGUGAAUAUGAUUGGAUGGUUGACUAUGGCAGCAGUCGGGGUGAAGUAAUACAAGCAAACACAAGGGAGCAGCACAUUUAUCAGUUCUAAUCAAAGUCCCGGUUGUUUUUAACACGACUCUGUUGGGGGAAGCUGUGGCCAUAAGGGGGCGCUCGGGGCCGUGUUGUUCACCCACAAUGGACACAGAAGCAAAGGAUGCCACACUGCAGGAGAAGUCUGCCCUCAAAACCAACUCCUGUCUUGAAUUUUCCAGAGCAAGAACUUAAGCAAGCAACUUUACAUGAAAUGUCAACUUCAUGUAUGUUCGUAAAGAGAACUGCUCUGAAUCAUUUCCUGAAACAGGUACAGGCAGGUGUAUUGUUUGUUUGUUUUUUCUUGAAAGGAGCAGCAUUCAACCUUCCUGCUCCUCUCCACCCAACAGAUAGUUUGCCCCCACUGUUUGUUAAGCUUUAAUUUUUAGAAAUUUUUAAUAAUAAUUUGUUAACUUAAUUGAAAUGUGCUGGUAAUCACAAAGAUAUGUAUGGCGAAAUUUGUUCCUCUCAAAUAAAUGCAUGUAAAGACUAAAUGA